AUGAGCACUCAUCACCUCGAGGAAAUAUCAAGCGGAUAUAGUGAGCGCGCGCCUUUGCACCUCGACCAGUCUCCUCCGGGCACUACUCUCCCUCCGAUCGAGAAUUCAUUUAUCGAGAGAUACAAUAUCGCUUGCGAUGCGGAGGAUGACGACGAAGCGGACACGCUUUCCGACGAGAUUCUAGACGCCGUCGUUGAGGCGGGAAGGCCAACUUUUGACCAAAUCGCCCCGCCGCCUGCGCCCGGCGCCACUGUCUCGACCGAUCUCCAUACUCUCUUCUUUCCAGACGAAUUCUCCUUUUGCUUUAGAGCCUUGGACGGCAAGGCAGACCUAAUUCGCAGUGACAGCAAUGACACGCAUGAUAGCGCCUCUCUUGACCCAUUAGGCCGCCCAUUCCAACUCAACGUUGAUCAUGACUUCACUCUGCCGAGAUUCUCCACCAAGGACAUUCGCGUCCUCAAGAACAUUCUCUACAACGGCUACAUUGCACGGAGCUCGAAUGCCUCUGGAAGAUCACUGUCUCUCUAUGCGACCACUAUCCGCGUCCCAAAACUCCUCGGACUCAUUGAAGUAGCCGACCGAAAGGGAGCCGUUGGAUUUGUGGAGGAGUUUAUCCCAGUCUCGGCUACCUGGGAGCUAACGAUACUGCGAAAUAUCGAGGCGGCUUCUGAUAUCGCAAAGGAUCGUCGCAAGAAGUGGGCUUUGCAGGUCCAAGAGACUGUCCACGUGUUGCAUCAGAUCGGAGCCGUGUGGGGCGAUGGCAAGGCAUCAAACGUACUGAUCCAUCGCGACACCGACGAUGCUUGGAUCAUUGACUUUGGUGGCGGAUGGACAGAUGGUUGGGCAACCCGGGAACUGAGCGGGACGGUGGAGGGUGACGAGAUGGCCGUGAAAAAGAUCUUUGAUUUCUUGGAAGUUUGACAGAAACAUUCCUGGUCUUAUAGAACGUUGUCAGGUGGAAAGACAGAGCGUUAGCCAAGCAGUUUCGUAGAGUUGGAAGACUGUUCAUGAAUCCGGAUGGCCCAUCUGGUUUGUCCCCAUGUGGAUUUGAU